AUCCAACCUACCGCUGUUCAGUGCAGAUUCAGUKCAGAUUGAUAGCUGUCAAUGGAUGUUGUAUCAAUUCUUUGAUAAUUCAAAAGAAGAAAACCAAACAUAUCAUUGAAGUCACGUCGAAGAAACAUACUCAAGCUUCAUACCAUGUCGGUCAGCGACAAUGGAYCCUUCGGGACGACGGUAAUUCCAACUGGAUCGUACAGUAUUUCGUUCGAUGAUCAAAAGCUUCAAAGCAGCCAAUUCGAUGGAAUCGCCCAGCAACCCCAGACCCAGCCCAUCGCCGUCUACGAGGCUUCCAAAAAUGAUACGCUGGAUCCCCUGGUCCGCUUGAACAGCAACCUGAUCGAUGUGAACCCCCAAUUCGUCGUCUACACCGUAAAGAAUGGCCUGAUCCGUGUCAUGCACCGUCACUCGUCCGAACGAGGCCUGCUCCGUGGACACCAGAACCAGGUUGUCACAGACAUUAAUUUCUUUCACGACGGAGACGUGCUGGGAACCGUCGGAUAUUCGGAGAAGCAGCAGUCUUCCACCCUGAUCGUAUGGCGUGUCUACCAGCGAUCGCCGGGGAUAUUUUCGGAACGCCUGCUGGAAAUAUCCACCGAUAGCAGCAACGCCUGCAUCCUAAGCCGAUUGGUGUGGCAUCCCUUUAACCCGAACCAGUUCUGGAUGACCCAUUCGACAAAAUCCAACAAACAGGUUGCAACUCUUGUGGAAACGACACGGAUCCAGACCAAGCUGGUGGCGACGCCAAAGGACCCCAAGGCGAAGUCAUCCGACGCAGCACAACAACAGCAGCAGCACGCCUUGUGCCAAUGGCAUUCACCGCAGUGCGUUAUGGACCAAGCCAUUCAAUUGCGUGCGAGUGGAAACUGUGUUACCGAUGACGAUGCUCAAUUGGUCGACUUGUGCUGGAGCGGACGGGAUGCUCGGCAUGUUCUAAGCGUGCACAAGAACGGAGGUAUUUUCCUUUGGGACCUCAAGGGCAAGGAAGCCGACGAUGGCACUGGUCCACCGGGGGGAGAUGGCGACGAAAUCAAGUGCGCAGAGGAUUCUUCGGUAGUCCCCCGCAAGCUUUUUUCGCUCAUCGAAUCGGGCGUAGAGCAUUCCCGAUGUUUGUUUUUGCCACACGAGCAAUCAAUGGAAUACAACAACAAAAAUACGAAUCAUACGAAAAACUCCCUAACAACCUGCUUUGCCACGGCAUCGAACCGAAAUGCCACCGUGACAAUCUGGAGCUCCUUUUUGGAACCGUCCGCGAAUAGCAGCAGUAAACCGGUGCUUCCUACCAAGCUGCAAGAAGUCUCGUUUUCGAGUCCGUCACCGAGCAGUUUUGUCCUGGAUGUGUGUUACGGACCAGCCGAUCUGAAUGGAAAGCCACCGUCCAGUUUUUUGGUGCUCGGAAGCCGAGACACUGGGCGUUUGUAUGCACUUCACGUCAAGGCGGAAUGGUCAGAAGGCGACACCGCUAAGGCCCCUCUGUGCGUUGGGAUCGAUUACUUGGUUCCAUUUGCUCUCAAACAUCCGGUGUACUCCUGGAGCGUUGUAUGUGGCCCGACCGAGCUUGGUUUGGAUGAUGAUGAAGGAGCGUCGGGUUCCGGUUUCGACAUGAAGGCCUUUGCUUACCAAUCAAAGGCUGUUCAAUGUCUCACAAUGACCAGUAGUAUGUCUCUGCCUCCGACAUCGUCUGAAAGCUGCAGCAAUAAUGGAAUUUACCAAGUGAAACCUCUAGAAGGACCUUACUCCGGUGCCAAUGCCGAUAACGUAGAGUCCGAGCAGAAAGACGACUACGAAUACGAGUACGAAGAGGAAGACUAUGACAUUGAAGAUAUCGAUCACGACGAGCCCGAGGAAGAGGAAGAUCCCGUUCAGGCAGUUACGCCUGCUGCUGCCCCGGCAGUUCCUGCCCCCGCCGGUGGCCUCUUCCCGGGAGCUCCCAAUCCCUUUGCCAAUUGGCUCGGUGCCAUUGCUGGAGGUGCAGCUGAUGCUCCAACUACCACCGAAAGCAAAGACGACGACGAAGAAGAGGAAGAUCUGCCGACACCACCGGCUCCUUCGGAUCUUCCCAUGCCUCCCGGGAUCAUUGCACAAGUGCCAGCAACAGGUACAGGUGAUACCAAUGCCACCGAGGACGGAUUGACUGUGGAAGAAUUCUUGAACCCCUUGGAGCUUCUUGAGAGCAUCGGCGCUGGCAAGGAAACCAGCGCCCCUGCACUCGUUGUUGAUGAAUCAAACGGUGACACAAACGACCAUCAGAAACCACCCCGCAAGGCUCCAAGCAGCAGCAACAACAAGAACAAAUCGCCCUCUCAACCGCAAAGCAGCAAAAAAGGAGGCAAAACCAAGACUCCAUUCCCAGAUGGAAAAGUCACGAUUCUCAAGCGAGAUCCUGAGUCGGCGAUCGUUCCGUCGGUGUCGUUGCCAGGGAAAGACACGCUUUCUCCACCGCCUCCGGUCGAUCCAGCGGUCUUGGCAGAUUCAGGCUUGUUAACGGCUUCUGUAGCUCCCGUUUCGGCGGCAUCACCGGCGGAAGUGUCUUCGCCUACGAUUGAUCCCGAGGUGCUGCGAGAUCAAAUUGACAAGGCAGUAAGCAAGGCAGUUGACAGGUCAGUUGGCAAAGCAGUUGGCAAAGCAGUCGACAAGGCUGUUGACAAGGCUGUUGACAAGGCUAUUGAAAAGGCCAUGGAUAAGGUCGUGUCCGGGCUCGUGGUCCCGGCAGUCGAUAAGACUGUCCAGCAAUCCUUUGCGGGAAUGGCACGACCGCUGCAUAAGUCGAUGGAGUCGCUUAGCAACAAGGGUGUUUCGGUGGAUGCCGAUGCCCUCAGGGAGGCCAUCGAUGUCGAAUUGCCCCUCAAGGUCGCCUUUGCUGAGGGCCUGAAAACCGUCUUGGUGCCAGCACUCGAGGGUGUAGCCGGACAAAUGUUCAAGCAGGUUCAAGAGAAUAUGCCAAAGCCGCCACCGGCACCGGACCAUUCCGCCGCCUUUGCAGCCUUGGCCCAGCAGCUGACAGUCAUGACCUCUAAAAUGGACGACCUCACAACAGAAGUGAUAGGUUUGCGCAAGACCGUAACUACCUUGCGCAAGACUGUAUCCGAUCAGGCAGUAGCUGCCGCAAAGGCUGUGGGUGCUUCGGCUCCGAAACAGAAUAGCGGGCAAAAUGCACAGCCAGCGCAGCCCGACCCGCGGCACGAGAUCGACCAGCUUCUUGCCAGGGGACAGUACGACUUAGCAUUUAAGAAGGCCGUGUCAACACCUACCCCACAAAUGGCRGUCUACUGCUGUGCGCGAUCAAACAUUGAGAAGGUUUUGAGCGGACCUUCUCCAGCAUUGAGCCAACCGAUUCUGAUUUGCCUCAUGCAGCAACUGAGUGCUGCAAUGGCCGGAAAGCAGUCGCCCCAGGAACUCAACAUCGAAGUGGCAUGGCUGCAAGAGAUCGCCCUUUGCAUGAACCCUAAAGAUAGUAGCAUUGCCCAACACGUCCCCAAUGUUGUUGGGAAACUCGUCACCACCGUCAACGCGCGCAUGGAAAUGGAAGGUAACGCCAGUCCCUUUCGGAGACCGUUGCAAAUGCUUCUACAAAUCCUUUUAGGAAUGCAGCACGCGCCAAAAUAAGCGUUGUUCGCAAGCAAGUCGUACACAAUCAAUCCAAUGGGAUGGAAUUGUUUGUCAAAUGAUUAAAUGAAGCAAGGAGAAAAACCCAGGGAGUGCGAUCCGAGAAAGUUAUUCCUUCAAAAGAAAAUAGAAAAGGCUAAGACAUAUUUGAAUUAGUAUGUGUUUUGAUGGAAUAAUUAUUCAGCUGGGUUACACAACCUAUUUUUUCUUUAAGAGUCACCAUUGCUGCGCUUGUUACUGACGUGAAAAAGAUGAAUUUUGAAUCGAUAAAUUUACUAGGUGUGGUAUUUUUGACAAUUCCAAAUGAAAAUAUCAAAGCAGAACAAAACUUCAAGUGCAACUUCUUGUUUCAUGGGUGAGAUAGGCAUAAAUUCACUCUGUUGCAUUAAUUUUUAAUUCUCUAACAAAGAUAGUCCAUAAUC